UGUACACUGCAGAUGGGGAGAACGGUCCUACCUGGAGCCUCUGGCAGAAAGCUCCAGGGGAGACUCGAGGUCGACCCCUCGGCUUUUGGAGUCGGGGAUACAAAGGAUCUGAGGCCAGCUAUACCCCAACUGAGCAAGAGAUACUGGCAGCCUAUGAAGGGGCUCGAGCUGCUUUGGAAGUGAUUGGCACUGAAGCACAGCUCCUCCUGGCACCCCGGUUGCCCGUGCUGGGAUGGAUGUUCAAAGGCAGGGUCUCCUCUACACAUCAUGCAAGUGAUGCUACAGGGAGUAAAUGGGCUGCACUAAUUACACAAUGAACUCAAAUAGGAAAUCUCAGUCUUCCAGGCAUUCUAGAAGUCAUCAUGGACUGGCCAGAGGACAAAGAUUUCGGAAUGUCACCAGAGGAGGAAGCGGUGAUGCGUGCUGAAGAGGCCCCACUAUAUAAUAAACUGUCAGAAAGUGAAAAGCAGUAUGCCUUGUUUACUGAUGGCUCUUGCCAUAUUGUGGGAAAGCAUUGGAGAUGGAAGGCAGCUGUAUGGAGUCCUGGACGACAAGUUGCAGAAACUGCUGAAGGAGAGGGUGAAUCGAGUCAGUUUGCCGAGGUGAAAGCCAUCCAGCUGGCCCUGGACAUUGCUGAACGAGAAAAGUGGCCAGUACUUUACCUCUAUACUGACUCAUGGAUGGUGGCAAAUGCCCUGUGGGGGUGGUUGAAGCAAUGGAAGCAGAGCAACUGGCAACGCAGAGGUAAACCCAUGUGGGCUGCUGCACUGUGGGAAGAUAUUGCUGCCAGGGUGCAGAACCUGGUGGUGAAGGUACAUCAUGUAGAUGCCCAUGUACCCAAGAGACGGGCCACUGAGGAGCACCAGAACAACCAACAAGUGGAUAAAGCGGCUAAGAUUGAAGUGGCUCAGAUGGACUUAGAUUGGCAACAUAAAGGUGAAUUAUUUUUGGCCCGGUGGGCCCAUGACACUUCAGGCCAUCAGGGCAGAGAUGCAACAUAUAGAUGGGCUCGUGAUCGAGGGGUGGACUUAACAAUGGACACUAUUGCCCAGGUUAUUCAUGAGUGUGAAACAUGUGCUGCAAUUAAACAAGCCAAGCGAUUAAAGGCUCUUUGGUAUGGAGGAUGAUGGUUGAAGUAUAAAUAUGGGGAGGCCUGGCAGAUUGACUAUAUCACACUGCCACCAACCCGCCAAGGCAAGCGCCAUGUGCUUACCAUGGUGGAAGCAACCACCGGCUGGCUGGAAACAUACGCUGUGCCCCACUCCACUGCCCGGAACACUAUCCUGGGCCUUGAGAAACAGAUUUUGUGGCGACACGGCACCCCAGAGAGAAUUGAGUCAGACAAUGGGACUCAUUUCCGGAAUAACCUUAUAGAUAUUUGGGCCAAAGAGCAUGGCAUUGAGUGGGUAUAUCACAUCCCCUACCACGCACCAGCCUCUGGGAAAAUCGAACGGUACAAUGGGCUGUUAAAAACUACACUGAGAGCAAUGGGUGGGGGAACUUUCAAGCAUUGGGAUACACACUUACCAAAGGCCACCUGGUUGGUCAACACCAGAGGAUCUGCCAACAGGGCUGGCCCAGCCCAGUCAGAACUUUUACAUAUUGUAGAGG